AAAAAAUGUUGCCAAAUAAGACUACUUGGUUUUUAGUUCUAACAGUUGCAGUUAGUCUCGUUCUAUCAGCUCCAGCUGAUAAAAAAGCCAAGUGUAAAGGGCUCACUGUAUCACCUUCAGAGCAGUCCUGUUUAUUAGGGCAUAUGCUCGAAGUGCUCACUCAGCUUGUGAACAACCAAAAGCAACCAAUUUGUUUGAAAAAUGUAGACAAGUGUAAACAUUGCAAGUCUCAGAGAAGUAUUGAUUCUGAUUCCGAGGAAAGCAAUGAAGGCUCUCAUGUGACUACAACGGAAAAAAAUAGUUCUGAUGCUAGUGAAGACAAUUCAGAAUCAUCACCAGAAGAAAGCCACAAGAAUUCGGAGCAGUCUUCACAAUCGGACGAACAUUCAUCUGACUUAAGUCAAGUUGGAAUCACAACUGAAAAUUCUGACCAAGAUUCUUCUAGCUCAAGUGAAGAAUCAAGUGAUUCAAAUAGCAAAUCAUCUAGUGAAGAAGAGUCAAGUGAGUCCAGUAAAAAAGAGUCAAGUGAGUCCACUGAAAAAGAGUCAAGUGAGUCCAGUGAAGAAGAUACAAAUGAAUCCAAUGAAGAACAUCCAAAUAAAUCCAAUGAAGAACAUCUAAAUAAAUCCAAUGAAGAACAUCCAAAGGAAUCCCAUAUAGAACAUCCAAAUAACCCCAAUAAUGAAGAACAUCCAAAGGAAUCCCAUAUAGAACAUCCACAUGAGUCCAGUGAGGAAGGUUCAAAUGAAGAUGAGUCAAGUCAAGAAUAUUCAAGUUCACAGGAAUCUGAAGAAUCUUCCCCUAGCUUACCGGAGCAUUCUAAAGAACCUCAGUUACUUCUGAUGCCUGCUAUACUAGAAGAUGGUAAAUUGGUGCGAUUGACAGUAGCAGAUUUAGCCAAAUACAACAAGGAAACUUGAAGUGCUAAUUAACUGAGUAUAGGAAUUAAGUUGUUUUUAUAAUUUUUAUUGCUGGUUAAUUUUUGUUCAAAUAAAAAUUUAACUCAAC